GUAGAAAAACUGGCAUCUCUCCUAAAAAAUCAAAAUAUAUGACUCCAAUGCAACAGAAGCUUAAUGAAGUAUAUGAAGCUGUGAAGAACUAUACAGAUAAGCGAGGUAGAAGACUCAGUGCUAUUUUUCUACGACUUCCAUCACGGUCAGAGCUUCCUGAUUAUUAUCUGACAAUUAAAAAGCCAGUUGAUAUGGAGAAAAUAAGAAGUCACAUGAUGGCCAACAAAUAUCAGGAUAUUGAUUCUAUGGUUGAAGAUUUUGUAAUGAUGUUUAAUAAUGCCUGCACUUACAAUGAACCUGAAUCCUUGAUUUACAAAGAUGCACUUGUGCUACAUAAAGUUUUGCUUGAGACUAGAAGAGAUAUAGAAGGGGAUGAAGAUUCUCAUGUCCCAAAUGUAACUCUGUUGAUUCAAGAACUUAUCCAUAACCUUUUUGUCUCUGUAAUGAGUCACCAGGAUGAUGAGGGGAGGUGCUAUAGUGACUCUUUAGCUGAAAUUCCUGCUGUUGACCCCAGUUUCCCAAACAAGCCUCCUUUGACUUUUGACAUCAUACGAAGAAAUGUAGAGAAUAACCGCUAUAGAAGAUUGGAUUUGUUCCAAGAGCAUAUGUUUGAAGUACUGGAACGCGCAAGGAGAAUGAACCGGACGGAUUCAGAGAUUUAUGAGGAUGCUGUGGAACUUCAGCAGUUCUUUAUCAAAAUCCGUGAUGAACUCUGCAAAAAUGGUGAGAUCCUGUUAUCACCAGCCCUUAGCUACACUACGAAACAUCUACAUAAUGAUGUAGAAAAAGAGAAGAAGGAAAAACUUCCCAAAGAAAUGGAAGAGGACAAACUUAAAAGAGAAGAGGAGAAGAGAGAAGCUGAAAAGAGUGAAGAUACUUCUGGAGGAUCAGGACUAUCUAAUUUACACAGAACAUACAGCCAAGAUUGCAGCUUUAAGAACAGCAUGUACCAUGUUGGAGAUUAUGUAUAUGUUGAACCGGCAGAAGCUAAUUUACAACCUCAUAUAGUCUGCAUAGAACGAUUGUGGGAAGAUUCAAAUGGGGAAAAAUGGUUAUACGGUUGCUGGUUUUAUCGACCAAAUGAAACAUUCCAUCUUGCCACCAGAAAAUUUUUGGAGAAGGAGGUGUUUAAAAGCGAUUAUUACAACAAAGUUACAGUGAGCAAAAUUCUAGGCAAAUGUGUGGUUAUGUUUGUUAAGGAAUAUUUUAAGCUAUGUCCAGAAAACUUCAGAGAUGAAGAUGUCUAUGUUUGUGAAUCACGUUAUUCUGCAAAGACAAAGUCUUUUAAGAAAAUUAAAUUAUGGACUAUGCCUAUUAGGAUGAAAAGUACAUUAUUNAGUUGCAGAAGAAUAGAAAAAAUGUGGGUUAGAGAUGGAGCUGCCUAUUUUUUUGGUCCAAUUUUUAUUCACCCAGAAGAAACAGAACAUGAGCCAACUAAAAUGUUUUAUAAGAAGGAAGUAUUUUUGAGUAAUUUGGAAGAGACUUGCCCGAUGACGUGCAUUCUGGGAAAGUGUGCUGUGCUGUCUUUCAAAGACUUUCUUUCCUGUAGACCAACUGAAAUCCAUGAAAAUGAUGUUCUGCUCUGUGAAAGUCGCUAUAAUGAAAGUGACAAACAGAUGAAAAAAUUCAAGGGACUAAAAAGAUUUUCUUUGUCUGCUAAGGUAGUAGAUGAUGAAAUUUAUUAUUUCAGAAAACCCAUUAUUCCACAAAAGGAGCCAUCUCCACUUUUAGAGAAAAAAAUUCAGCAGCUAGAAGCAAAGUUUGCUGAGUUAGAAGGUGGAGAAGAGGAUAUUGAAGAGAUUGGGGAAGAGGAAGGUGAAGUUGCAGAAGCACCAACAAUACCUCAACUGCAGACUCCACACUCCAAUGAAUUGGACAUAAUGCCAUAUACUCCGCCACAGGCAUGAUAGGUGGCUAUCCACCAGUGCUGCCACCUUUACAAGGCCCAGUUGAUGGCAUUGUUAGCAUGGGCAGCAUGCCACCACUUCACCCUGGGGUGCCUCCACCCCAUCAACUUCCACCAGGCAUGCCAGGCAUCCCACCACCGGGUAAGAAUGAACCUCCUCAUUCAUUCAUUCAUUAUCUCGUCUUUUUGUUCUCACCCCAUUUAAUCAAUUACUCCAGGAGAGGUUUGCAGAAUACUUUUACAGAGCGGGCAGCUAAGGUUGCUGAGCAGCAGGAGAGAGAACGAGCAGCACAGCAACAGCAGCAGAAUUCUUCCCCCCGGGCAGGCACUCCUGUCGGGGCUCUUAUGGGGGUGGUGCCGCCACCAACACCAAUGGGGAUGCUCAAUCCGCAGUUGACACCUGUUGCAGGUGUUCUAGGGCAAAACGUUUCCUCCAUGGUAGGAGCCCCAGCACCAGGAAGUCCAUUUGGGCAGCAGAUAGGUAUGCUUGGUCCCCCAGGUCAACAAGCACCACCUCCCUAUCCUGGUCAAAACCCAGCAUCUCAGCAGGUCAUGCAGCAGCCUACAACGCCUAUGUUUGUCUCUCCUCCACCAAAGACACAGAGGCUUCUCCACUCAGAAGCUUAUCUGAAAUACAUUGAAGGUCUUAGUGCUGAUUCAAGUAAUAUUAGCAAGUGGGACCAGACCCUUUCAGCACGAAGACGUGAUGUCCAUUUCUCAAAAGAACAAGAAAGUCGUCUUCCUACGCACUGGUUGAAAAGCAAAGGGGCUCAUACCACAAUGGCAGAUGCACUAUGGCGGCUUCGAGACUUGAUGUUGAGAGAUACACUUAAUAUCCGCCAGGCAUACAACAUAGAAAAUAUUUAAUCUUUCAAUGCCAACGUAUAAAAAAAAUUGUGGAACAUAGCUGUUUUAGUUAUUGGUGAGGGAGAGAAAAUUGUUUUUAUUGCAUCUUAUUGUAUAUUGCAAGAUUGUUUUUUUAUAAGGACAUUUUUAAUAAGCAUAUUUCACUUUUUGUUAUAUUAUGUUGACUUUUCUUAAAUAUACAGACUUGUGCAUAUGGUUGAGUUGAAAGAUGAUCUCAUGCUUGGUUCUAAAAGCAAAGCAAGGUUAUAUCUUUUUUUCUUCACAAAUUCUGAUAAGGUAGGGAGGGUGUUUACUGUUUAUCUUGGAAAAACAUACAUUUAUGCCUAGACCAUGUUGGCAUGAGCAUCUCUGUGUUUAUACGGUAGUUACUUCUGGCAGGUACAUCACAUAUGCUUGGAAGUUUUUUUUAAAAAAAAUAAAGCUACUGAAGUAGAGAGAAAGGAAUCUGAUAAAUACAAGAAUCUAAAUAUUUGGUCAGUAGGAAGAUCUCAGGACUUGAAAUAAAAAUGAAAAAUAAUCAAACACUUCAAUUAGUUCAAACACUUUUGGCAUAUAGGACUUCCAAGGUGAGUUUGUGCUGACCAAUUUGUCAUUUGUGAAGAGUCCUAUAACCAUGAACAUUUACUUAUGUUGCCAGUAGACUCUGAGCUAGCAAGAGAAUGUGUUUUCGGCUUCAUUUCUCCAGAAGAAGAAAUCACCAUAGCAGUUGGGCUUAUAGAAAUUCGUGAGGAAGGAUAAAUAACUACAAGGGUGCAAAUAUUUCUUUCUGCUUUCUAUUUAAUAUGAUUCAGUUUUUGAUAGUAUACAUAAUACUUUUGCAUUCUCAGAUCGCUUACAGAACAUUUAUAUAUUUAACAUGACAUUUUUAAGGAUGCCAAGACCUAUCUAUAUUUAAUACAUUUUAAUACUUUUACAUUUCUACCACUGGAAAAAAAAUGGAUGUGUUGUUCUCUGAAUAGUUAAGGUAUUAUUACAAAAAGAUUUGCAGAUUUUAACUGAUCUUUGAAGGUAAGUAACAGGACAUGUACAAGACAGGCUUGCCUAAAUGCUAUCCAUAAUUUGGCACUGAGAUUUGUAUACUGUUUUUUUAAAAAUUGCUCUGAUAUAAACAUUGCACUGCAGCUACUGAGAAUUGCAAGUGCAUAACCAGCUGCACUGCAGUAUUAAAAGGUUUCACAUAAUAAAUAAUGUUUUUGGUGGGUAUUAAAACCCUGAUUUUGCAUAUCUUAGUUGAAAAAAGUAAAAAAAAAAACUUUUUCCCCCCAAAAAAUACCUUCUUUUGGGAUCACAGUUUUUACAUCAUUUUCAACUCCAGCAUUUAGAUAGUCCCUUCGAACAUGAAAACAUCUUUCAUGAGUUUUAAUUGUCCUACCUAAAAUUGUGUAGUUCACUGAUUUGCUGCCACUUCCUAGUUUCAUAGCCUUCCUCAGGAUGGGAUUUGCAAUUGAUAGAAAUACUAAUUUUUCAUUUAAUUAUAAAAUACUUUAAUUAAAACUUAAAUACUUUGGCUUAGUGGGAAAAUUGUAUGCAUAUAAUUUUAAAAGCAAAUUUAAAAUAUCAGAUUUCAUGGAGGUUUAGAGCAAAUAGCAAGUUAAAACUUACAUGGUCAGAAAAUAUGUUUUUAGAAAACUAGCUUGAUUUCUAAGUAAAACCUACUUGAAAUGAGAAACGACUGUGGUUUUCACUUCAGAAAUUGUAGAAUUAGGAAGGUAUCGAACUUUCAAUUCACUAGAAUUGAAAUAUUCAAUAUACAACCUUGGUUUAAUACAGAUCCCCCCC